CAUAUGCAUGUUUAUAACAAUUAUACUCUCUUCCUUAUAUGAUGACUUUCUAAAUUUAGUGUUUCCUGCAUGAUGACACAUGGUUAUACAGUAGUCUAUAUUGGUCUAGAGUCUAUCUAUAUCAAUGUAAGACCUCUAAUACAUGCAAACAUGUAAGAUUAUUUCAUAUGAGGCAUUUAUGGUUAAGCUGAUCAAAUUACUGAAAAUGGGAAAAGUGAAGAUGUUCUGAAUUUUUAUUGUGCCCUCAAACAAAGGAGAUAUGUUAUCAAAUAAAAAAAAAAUGAAUGAAUUUGCAUUUUUUUUAAAACUACAAGUUUUCUUGUCAUCACUGUGUACUUCCUCAUCUACAAGAUUAUUGAAUGGUAAAGAAAGAGAUACAAAAAAAUCCAACACAGGCCUUCAGCAAAGCAGCAUGUAGAAUUGACAGCUCACAUCUGAACACGAAAAUAUGCAUGGGACACCAAAAUGGCAAGUUUUAUUCUGGAAGGUGAAAUCUUGAAUGACAUCAAAGAAUGUCUUGAACAAUGUUCAUAUAUGCGAAUGUUACAGAUGAAUUACCCUUUCAACCAAAACCAGGGUUGAUAGAUAGUGUGCUGUUGGCAUUUGGGAUCCCUAUUUUCUUGGCCAAUAUUCUUGGAACUGUUGUUGUUUGGCGGAGUAUCAAGUUACCAUUCCAGAUCCGAUUGCUAACUUUGAAUAUGUCCUACGCCGAUGGAGGAAUUGGACUUUUCAUGCUUUUUCCACGUAGUUGGUUGUAUAAAGAAUGCAAUGUCCGCAAAUACCUGUUGGAAAUUCUGGGAACUUCUUCAUUCCUAACCAUUACUGCCUUCAAUAUUGACAGGUGUUUGAUGAUCUUCUAUGCCAUUCAUUAUACAGUGAUUAUUACAAAAUCCAAAAUUUUCACUCUGUGCAUCACUAUCUGGAUUUUCAGUUUGUUCAUCGUGUACCUACUGUAUUCAAAUGAAAAACUAGAGACCCUAGGAUUUUCCUGCGAAGAAGCCUUUGAAGAAGAUCUUCGAACAACCAACGUGAUCGGCCAAACCAUUCGUGUGGUCAUUAUCAUUAUUAAUGUGAUUAUACUGAUUGUGUUGUGUGUGUACCUGAAAAAGAAAAUGCAAAAAAUGUCCCACACAGGAAUGUCGAAGUUCAAAGUGAAACAUUGGGACUAUCAGGCCAUAACUCUGAAGAAAAUACUAGUCAUAACUAUAUUUUUUACUGUCCUCUACACACCAUACAUGAUCUGCCAGUUAUUUUUGUCUACUCAUGUUACAACACGUGGUGUAUUUAUUAUCAAAGCCUUAUCUGCCCUGGCUUCCAUGCUGAACAGUUUUGUGAAUCCCUUUCUAUACAUUUUCCGUUUCAAGGAGUGCCGUUUCCAGCUGAAAUUACUCUUUUGUCGCUGGAAUAAAUCGGUGAUUGAAGUUGUGGAGAGAGAAAGAAAGCAGAGCUUUGCAAGUUACACCAUUGAUGAUAGCCUUAAAUUGAGACUUCAGGCUCUUCACAAAAAAGCAUUAGAAAAUACUGAAUCAGUAACUUCAAAGUCAGCAUUACAAAGUAUAGAAUCAGUGACUGCAAAGCCAGGACAAGAUAGUACAGCAUUAUGAUCUUAAAAAUUGUAUUUUUUUUUUUCAU